CACUCUUUUUUAUCUUCUCAAGUUUAACACAAUUCUCCCACACUUCUCUCUCUCUCUUUUCUUUUCUUUCUCUUUCUUUGAUCUUAUCAGAAACCCUAAUUUCCGAUCCCAAAAUCAUAGCUUUUUCCCCAAAUUCCCUUCUAAUUGUCAGUCCCACUUUUUGCCUUCCCAAUUUUAGGAUCCUUCUUUGAUCCCAAUAUUUUAACAGUGAUAAUUAAGGAAAAAGCCCUAACUUUUUCUUUAAUUUCUAACAUUUUCAACUCUUCGAUCAAUUCCCGAUUGCCUUGAGUGUUGAUCGAUUCUCAAAAUCGUAACUUUUAAUUUGUGAGAUGUGCCGAUUUUGCUCAAUAUGAAGCUCAAGCGGAGGAGGUCUUUAGAAUUGCCUCCCAAAAUCAGAUCCUUCAUCAAUAGCGUCACUUCUGUACCGCUUGAGAAUAUAGAGGAACCCCUAAAACAUUUUGUUUGGGAGUUUGAUAAGGGGGAUUUUCAUCAUUGGGUUGAGCUUUUUAACCAUUUUGAUACAUUUUUUGAUAAGCAUAUAAAAUCAAGAAAAGAUUUGCAGGUUGAGGAUAAUUUUUUGGGAUCUGAUCCUCCUUUCCCAAGGGAAGCAGUUCUUCAAAUUCUUCGUGUUAUAAGAAUAGUCUUGGAAAACUGCCCAAAUAAGCAUUUUUAUAGCUCCUAUGAGCAGCAUCUUUCAUCCUUGCUUGCAUCUACAGAUGCUGAUGUCAUUGAGGCUUGCUUGCAAACUUUUGCUGCUUUCUUGAAGAAAACAAUUGGAAAGUACUCUAUCAGAGAUGCGUCUCUAAAUUCCAAGUUAUUUGCUCUUGCACAAGGUUGGGGGGGAAAAGAAGAGGGUCUAGGAUUGCUUGCAUGUGCUGUACAGAAUGAAUGUGAUAAAGUUGCUUAUGACUUAGGGUGUACUCUUCAUUUUGAGUUCUAUUCAUCGAAUGAGUUCUCUGCCUCAGAACAGUCAACCCGAGGUUUACAAGUUAUUCAUUUACCUAAUAUCAACACUCAUCCAGAGACUGAUUUGGAGCUCUUGAAUAAAUUAGUUGGUGAGUAUAAGGUACCCACCAAUUUAAGAUUUUCUUUAUUGUCAAGAUUGCGAUUUGCAAGGGCUUUUGGCUCUUUUACAACUCAGCAGCAGUAUACACGCAUUUGCUUGUAUGCCUUCAUUGUUCUUGUUCAGGCAUGCAGUAAUGCUGAUGACCUAGUUUCUUUCUUUAAGAACGAGCCUGAGUUUGUCAAUGAGUUAGUUACUUUACUGAGCUAUGAAGAUGCAAUUCCUGAGAAGAUUCGAAUUUUAUGUGUGCUUUCUCUGGUUGCUCUUUGUCAAGACCGGUCCCGCCAACCGACUGUAUUGACUGCGGUCACAUCUGGUGGACACCGCGGCAUUCUAUCCAGCCUCACACAGAAAGCUGUUGAUUCUGUUAUUAGCAAUACCUCAAAGUGCUCUGUUGUGUUUGUUGAGGGUUUGCUAUCUCUUGUCUAUGUUUUGGUUUCCUCAUCAUCACGUUGCUCGGCCAUGCGUGAAGCAGAUUUUAUCCCUACACUUCUACCUCUGCUUAAAGAUACUGAUCCGCAGCAUCUGCAUUUGGUUAGUACAGCUGUCAAUAUUCUAGAAGCCUUCAUGGAGUAUAUUAAUUCUGCUGCUGCUGCAUUGUUCAGAGACUUGGGUGGUUUAGAUGAUACAAUCUCUCGCUUGAAACUUGAAGUUUCUUAUGUUGAAAACAGUCCAAAGCAACAAAUUGAAAAUCCUGACUGUAGUGGGAGGAGUCCACAAGGAGCUGCAGGUGCUUCAACUGAUCUUGACCACAUGCAGCCAUUAUAUUCUGAAGCAUUAGUUUCCUAUCACCGUCGGCUGCUCAUGAAAUAUUUAUUACGUGCUAUAUCUCUUGGAACAUAUGCCCCUGGAAACACUGCUCGUCUUUAUGGAUCUGAGGAGAGUUUGUUGCCACCAUGCUUGUGCAUCAUAUUUAAACGAGCAAAAGAUUUUGGUGGGGGUGUAUUUGCUCUUGCUGCAACCGUCAUGAGUGAACUAAUACACAAGGAUCCUAACUGCUUUCCUGUCCUAGAUGCAGCUGGUCUUCCAUCUGCCUUCCUAGAUGCUAUAUUGGAUGGUGUUCUCUGCUCUGCGGAAGCCAUAACAUGCAUACCUCAGUGUUUGGAUGCCCUGUGUCUUAAUCCUAACGGUCUUCAGGCUGUAAGAGAUCGCAAUGCUUUGAGGUGCUUCGUCAAAAUAUUUACUUCUAGAACAUAUUCACGUUCUCUUACUGGGGAUACUCCUGGUUCCUUGUCAAGUGGCUUGGAUGAACUUAUGCGGCAUGCUUCUUCAUUGCGUGCGCUUGGAGUGGAUAUGGUGAUUGAGAUCUUAUAUGUCAUAGUGGGAAUUGGAUCUGGGGUUGACAAUUCUUACUUUGUUGCUGAAUCGUCUGCCCUGGUACCCAUGGAAACUGAUGCUGAAGAGAGGAAUUUGAUUCAUCGAGAUGACAGGGAAACUUCAAGGAUUGAGAGUUCAGAGCAGACGGCUGAGCCCUCUUCUGAUCCUUCUUUGGCGAAUAUUGAAUUGUUUCUUCCAGAAUGUAUAAGCAAUGUGGGCCGUCUUCUUGAAAACAUUCUUCAGAAUGCUGAUACCUGCCGUUUGUUUGUUGAAAAGAAAGGGAUCGAUGCUGUCCUACAGUUGUUUACCUUGCCUUUAAUGCCUCUUUCAGCAUCAGUUGGACAGAGCAUUUCUGUUGCCUUCAAGAACUUUUCGCUUCAGCAUUCUGCAUCUCUGGCUCAGGCAGUUUGUUCAUUCCUGAGAGAACAUCUGAAGUCAACAAAUGAACUGUUAGCUUCAGUUGGGGAAACUAAGCUAGCUACUGUUGAACCGGGAAACCAGACUAAGGUUUUGAGAUCUCUUUCUAGUCUUGAUGGUAUAUUGUCUCUCUCCAAUUUUCUUUUGAAGGGCACUACUAGUGUUGUCUCUGAAUUGAGCACUGCAGAUGCUGAUGUAUUGAAAGAUCUUGGGAGGGCAUAUAGGGAAAUAAUAUGGCAAAUUUCUUUGUCUAAUGAUUCCGUGGCUAAUGAGAAGCGGAAUGCUGAUCAAGAAAGUGAGAGUAUGGAUACAGGUACAUCAAAUGCUGCUGCUGGAAGAGAAAGCGAUGAUGAUACCGGUAUUCCAGCUGUGAGAUACAUGAAUCCAGUUUCUAUUAGAAACGGUUCUCAGUCUUUGUGGGGUGCAGAACGAGAGUAUCUUUCACUUGUUCGUUCUGGUGAAAGUUUGCACCGUCGCAGUAGACAUGGUUUGUCCCGUUUAAGGGGUGGAAGGAAUGGUCGACACUUGGAUGCUUUAAAUAUUGAUUUUGAAGCUUCUCACAAUUUACCAGAGAUGCCAUCUCUCCUGGAUUUGAAAACAAAAAGUCCUGAUCUUCUAAUUAUAGAAAUUCUUAACAAGCUUGCUUUCACGUUACGAUCCUUUUUCACAGCUCUUGUCAAGGGGUUUACCUCACCAAACCGUCGUAGAGCAGAUGCAGGAUCAUUAAAUUCGGCUUCAAAGACCCUUGGUGUGGCUCUGGCUAAAAUAUUUCUUGAGGCAUUGGAUUUCUCUGGGUUUUCUUCAUCUUCAGGACUUAAUAUGUCCCUUUCAGUCAAGUGUCGCUACCUUGGAAAAGUUGUUGAUGACAUGGGAGCACUGUCAUUUGACAGCAGGCGGCGUACAUGCUAUGCAGCAAUGAUUAAUAAUUUUUAUGUCCAUGGAACCUUUAAGGAACUACUUACCACCUUUGAAGCUACUAGUCAGUUAUUGUGGACAAUACCAUACUCUAUCCCUACACCAGGUAUUGAAGAUGAGAAGGCAGGUGAAGCAACUAAAUUCUCACACAGUACAUGGUUACUUGAUACAUUACAAUGCUACUGCCGUGUGCUUGAGUAUUUUGUUAAUUCUACAUUACUUCUGUUUGGGAAUUCUACAUCCCAGACUCAGCUGCUUGUUCAGCCAGUUGCUGCUGGUUUGUCAAUUGGGCUUUUCCCUGUUCCAAGGGACCCAGAAACCUUUGUGCGCAUGCUGCAGUGUCAUGUUCUGGAUGUGAUUCUACCUAUCUGGAACCAUCCUUUGUUUCCUAAUUGUAGUCCUGGUUUUGUGGCUUCUGUUGUUUCAAUCGUCAUGCAUGUAUAUUCAGGUGUUGGAGAUGUGAAACGAAAUCGCAGUGGCAUGACAGGAAGUACAAACCAACAUUUCAUGCCCCCACCACCUGAUGAAGGUACCAUAGCCACCAUUGUUGAGAUGGGUUUUUCAAGGGCUAGGGCAGAGGAAGCACUGAGACGAGUUGAAACAAAUAGUGUUGAAAUGGCCAUGGAGUGGCUGAUUAGUCAUGCUGAGGAUCCUGUGCAAGAGGAUGAUGAACUAGCUCGUGCGCUUGCUUUAUCACUUGGAAAUUCAUCAGAGACAUCCAAAGUUGAUGUUGUUGACAAGCCAAUGGAUGUGAUGACAGAAGAAGGCCGGCCUGCAGAACCUCCAAUUGAUGAUAUCCUCAGUGCAUCUGUGAAGUUGUUUCAGAGUAGUGAUAACAUGGCAUUUUCACUGACAGACUUGCUUGUAACACUUUGUAAUCGUAACAAAGGAGAAGACCGUCCAAGAGUGCUCUCUUUUCUUAUUCAGCAGCUGAGGCUCUGUCCAUUGGAUUUUUCCAAAGAUUCCACUACUUUGUGUACGAUAUCUCAUGUUGUAGCACUGCUUCUUUCUGAGGAUGGAAAUACACGUGAAAUUGCUGCCCAGAAUGGCAUAGUACCUGCUUCUAUUGAUAUCUUGAUGAACUUCAAGGCUAAAAAUGAGUUGGGGAAUGAAAUCGUGGCGCCAAAAUGUAUUAGUGCAUUACUGUUGAUCUUGGAUAACAUGUUGCAGUCUCGUCCAAGAAUAUUUUCUGAGACGGUGGAGGGUACUCAGACAGUAUCUCAACCUCACUCAUCCGGGGAGCAUGCUUCCUUGUCAGUUCCGGAAUCAAUGACAGAGAAAAAAUCAACUUCAGAUGUGAAUGAGAAAGACUCUAUAACUACAUUUGAGAAAAUAUUGGGUAAAUCUACUGGUUACUUGACUAUAGAAGAGAGUCAUAAGUUGCUGCUUGUUGCUUGCGACCUAAUCAGACAGCAUGUUCCAGCGAUGGUCAUGCAGGCUGUUCUGCAGUUAUGUGCUCGCUUAACAAAAUCACAUGCUCUAGCUUUGCACUUUCUUGAGAAUGGAGGCUUGGCUGCUCUUUUUAGUCUUCCAAGAAAUUGUUUUUUCCCUGGUUAUGAUACUGUUGCAUCUGCCAUUAUCAGACAUCUCCUUGAAGAUCCUCAGACUUUGCAAACUGCUAUUGAGUUGGAGAUUAGGCAGAAUUUGAGUGGAAGCAGGCAUGCCGGCCGUGUUUCACCUCGGGAAUUUUUAACAUUAAUGGCACCUGUUAUCUGUAGAGAUCCUGUAGUUUUUAUGAAAGCUGCGGCUGCAGUUUGUCAGUUGGAGUCAUCAGGGGGAAGGCCCUUUGUAGUUCUAUUGAAGGAAAAGGAGAAAGAUAAGGACAAAUUGAAGCCUUCUGGUGCUGAACUUGGAUUUUCUUCAAAUGAAUCUGUGCGAAUUCCUGAGAAUAAGGUAAAUGAUGGAACAGGUAGAUGUUCAAGAGGCCACAAAAGGAUUCCAGCCAGUCUUGCUCAAGUGAUUGAUCAGCUUCUCGAAAUAGUUUUGAAACAUCCUUCUGCCAAAGGCCUGGAAGAUAGUGCAACUGACUUAACUUCAAUGGAGAUUGAUGAACCUGUAAGCAAGGUGAAGGGUAAGUCAAAGGUUGAAGAAACAAGGAAAAUGGAGUCUGAAACUGAGAGAUCUGCACAACUUGCUCAGGUGACUUUUGUCCUUAAGUUGCUGAGUGAUAUUCUUUUAAUGUAUGUGCAUGCGGUUGGUGUCAUAUUGAAAAAGGAUUCAGAAAUGGGUCAACUUCGUGCUUCUAAUCAAUCAGAUAGAUCUGGAAGCCUUGGCAUUCUUUAUCAUAUUUCACAUAGGUUGCUCCCACAGUCUGUUAAUAAGUCUACAGGACCUGAUGAAUGGAGGGACAAGUUGUCAGAAAAAGCUUCAUGGUUUCUGGUGGUUCUAUGUGGUCGUUCUAGUGAAGGCCGUAAAAGGGUGAUUAAUGAACUUGUGAAAGCCUUAUCUUCUUUCUCAAGUUUGGAGAGCAAUUCAAUGAAUAGCUCAUUGGUGCCUGAUAAAAGGGUUUUUGCUUUUGCUGAUUUGACAUAUUCAAUUUUGUCGAAGAAUUCGUCAUCGAGCAACUUACCUGGUACAGGCUUCUCACCAGAUAUAGCAAGAAGCAUGAUUGAAGGAGGAGUGGUUCAGUGUCUAACCAACGUUCUUGAAGUGAUUGAUUUGGAUCAUCCUGAUGCACCCAAAACUGUAAAUCUGAUCCUCAGGGCUUUGGAAAGCCUGACUAGGGCUGCUAAUGCGAAUGAGCAGGUUUUCAAGUCUGAAGGGUCCAACAAGAAGAAGUCAUUGUCUACAAACGGAAGACAUGCUGAUCAGGUAACUCUAUCUGCUGCUGAGGCAAUAGAGCACAAUCGGAAUGGGGGUGGUGAACAAGUAGUUGUAGAUGCGGAGGAGACUGAACAACAGCAACAUGAAGGAACUUCACAAAGUGAAGGCAAUCACCACGCAAACCCAAAUGAUUCUAUCGAGCAAGAUAUGAGAGUUGAAGUGGAGGAGACAGCAGCUAGCAAUAGACCCAUGGAACUGGGGAUGGAUUUCAUGCGUGAAGAAAUGGAAGGAGGUGUGUUACACAAUCCCGACGAAAUUGAGAUGACAUUCCGAGUGGAGAAUAGGGCAGAUGAUGAUAUGGGUGAUGAUGAUGACGACAUGGCAGAUGAUGGGGAGGAUGAUGAGGAUGAUGAUGAGGGGGAGGAUGAGGAUGAUGAUAUAGCAGAAGAUGGUGCUGGAAUGAUGUCUUUAGCUGAUACUGAUAUGGAGGACCAUGAUGAUACUGGUUUGGGAGAUGACUAUAAUGAUGACACGAUUGAUGAAGAAGAUGAUGACUUUCAUGAGCAUCGUGUUAUAGAGGUAAGGUGGAGGGAAGCCUUUGAUGGGUUAGAUCAUUUGCAGGUACUCGGUCAUCCGGGAGCUGCAAGUGGUUUGAUUGAUGUUGCUGCUGAGCCUUUUGAAGGCGUGAAUGUGGAUGAUCUUUAUGGUCUUCAUAGGCCUGUAGGUUUUGAACGCAGGCGAUCUAAUGGUAGGUCUUCCUUUGAGCGUACUGCUACAGAAGUAAAUGGCUUUCAACAUCCUCUUCUGUCAAGACCAUCCCAGUCAGGGGAUUUAAGCUCAAUGCGGUCAUCAGGUGGGAAUCCAUCCAGGGAUUUCGAAGCUCUCUCAUCUGGGAGUUUUGAUGUUACUCAUUUCUACAUGUUUGAUGCUCCUGUUCUGCGAUAUGAUCAUACACCAAGUAGUCUGUUUGGUGAUCGAUUGGGCAGUGCAGCACCCCCACCUUUGACGGAUUAUUCUGUAGGCAUGGACUCAUUGCAUUUGACAGGGAGAAGGGGGCCUGGUGAUGGACGGUGGACCGAUGACGGUCAGCCACAAGCAUGUGCUCAAGCUGCAGCAAUUGCACAGGCAGUAGAGGAACAGUUUAUAUCUCAUUUGUGCAGUUCAGGUCCAACCAAUAAUUUUGCAGAAAGGCAGUCACAAUAUUCUGGAAUACAGGAGACGCAACCAUCAGAUGCUCCUGCAUCAAAUGAUUGCAAGACUGUGGUAGAGGGAGAAAAUGCCAGCAAUCAGCUAAAUGAAAAUCAGCAGCAAGAAAAUGUUAAUGAAGUUUCACAUGAACUUAAUCCAAUGGUUGAAAGUGUUUCAUGCCAUGAGCAGCUCAAUCCUCAGCCUGACGUUGGUGAUAUAGCUGAAUCUAUUCAGGAACAUGAAGGGAUAUUAACUCAGCCGAUUUCUUUGAACAGUGCACCAGAUGAGCGUGGUAACAUGGAAAUUGGGGAAGGGAAUGACACUGCUGCUGAUCAAGUAGAGCGAGUUUCUGAAAUGGUUAAUUUGGCUUUGGGGGAUUCUGGUGUACCUGAAAAUCUGUCGUUACAGGCCAUGGGUGCUGACGGAUUGUUAGGAGCAGAUGGUCAGGCAGGUAAUCAUGUUUUAGCAGGUUCUGGUUUGGAGAUGUGUAACCCAGGUGAUUCUAAUGCGUCUUCAUUUCAUGAAAGUAUUGAUGUCGACAUGAAUUCAACUCAUGCUGAAGGGAACCAAACUGAACAAUCCAUUACUCCUGAAAUUGGUGCAGAGGAGCCAGCUUCUCGACAAAACACGCUAGAUGCUCAGGAUGCUAAUCAGGUUGAACAAACUAGUGUUAAUAAUGAGGGUCCUGGUGCUAAUGCCAUUGAUCCUACCUUCUUGGAGGCACUACCUGAAGAUCUACGGGCAGAAGUUUUGGCUUCCCAACAUGCUCAAUCUGCUCAACCUCCAACUUAUGUGCCACCUUCAGCAGAUGAUAUUGAUCCUGAGUUUUUAGCUGCACUUCCACCAGACAUUCAAGCGGAAGUGUUAGCACAGCAAAGAGCACAGAGAGUUGCACAGCUAGCUGAGGGUCAACCUGUGAACAUGGAUAAUGCUUCGAUCAUUGCCACCUUCCCUGCUGAUCUGCGUGAAGAGGUGCUUUUGACUUCUUCGGAAGCAGUUUUGUCAGCAUUACCUUCUUCAUUACUUGCUGAAGCUCAAAUGCUUAGGGACAGAGCAAUGAGUCAUUACCAGGCACGUAGUCUUUUUGGAGGUAGCCACAGGCUAAAUAAUCGGAGGAAUGGUUUGGGUUUGGAUAGGCAGACUAUGAUGGACAGGGGUGUUGGAGUUACAAUAGGUCGAAGGCCGGGUUCUACCCUUUCAGAUAGCUUAAAAGUGAAGGAAAUUGAAGGGGAGCCUCUUCUGAAUGCAAAUUCUUUGAAAGCGUUGAUUCGCCUUCUACGACUAGCACAGCCCCUUGGGAAAGGCCUUCUGCAAAGGCUUCUGUUAAAUCUUUGUGCACAUAGUGUUACAAGGGCAACUUUGGUAAAGCUCUUGCUUGAUAUGAUUAGAUCUGAAACUGAAGUCUCAAGCAAUGGUUUGUCAAGAAUAAAUUCCCUAAGGCUUUAUGGUUGCCAGUCAAAUGUUGUUUAUGGCCGGUCACAGUUGUUCGACGGUCUUCCACCUCUUGUUCUACGUCAAGUUCUAGAGACUUUGACUUAUUUGGCUACAAAUCACUCUGCUGUUGCAAAUAUGUUGUUCCACUAUGAUCCUUCAAUUCUUUCAGAAAAAAACUCAGAAACCAAGAAAGAUAAAGGCAAAGAGAAAAUUAUGGAUGGAGAUGCAUCAAAACCCUUUGGAAAUUCUUGGGAAGGGGAUGUUCCUGUAAUAUUAUUUCUCAAGCUCUUGAAUUGCCCGCCGUCUUUGCGUGGCACUGCCCAUCUCGAGCAGGUUGUGGGCUUGCUUAAAGUAGUUGUCUACACUGCAGCAUCAAAAUUAGAAAACUGGUCACUCUCUAAUCUGGCUGUUGAUAAUACAAAUACCCAUAACCUGCUCACAAAUGAAGCUUCUGGUGAUGUUCAUAAGGACCAUCCUUUAUCAGAGCCAGAGUCUAAUCAGGAGGAUAAACGGACCAAUGCUGAAUCCUCUGCAUCCAAUGGCUAUAGAAAUGUGGAUUUGUAUAAUAUUUUCUUGCAGCUGCCAGAGACUGAUUUGCGCAAUUUGUGCCGUCUUCUUGGUCGUGAGGGGCUGUCAGAUAAAGUUUAUAUGUUAGCUGGUGAGGUGCUGAAGAAGUUGGCCUCAGUUGCUGUGACCCAUCGCAAGUUCUUUGCCUCAGAGCUUUCAGAAUUAGCUAAUAGUUUGAGUAGUUCGGCUGUUAAUGAGCUUGUGACACUGAGGAAUACACAGAUGCUGGGUCUGAGUGCAGGUUCCAUGGUUGGAGCUGCUAUUCUACGUCUGUUACAAGUGCUUAGCUCACUCACUUCAACUGAUGUUGGUGAUGAUACACCACAGGAUGGUGAUGGAGAACAGGAAGAGCAAGCUACCAUGGUGAAAUUAAAUGCAUCAUUAGAGCCAUUGUGGGAAGAGUUGAGUAAUUGCAUUGGCAUGACUGAGGCACAGCUGGCUCAUCGCUCACUCUGUCCAACUGUAUCUAACAUAAACGUUGGGGAGCAUGUACAGGGAACAUCCUCAUCAUCACCACUUCCUCCCGGGACUCAGAGACUCCUUCCUUUCAUUGAGGCUUUCUUUGUUUUGUGUGAAAAGCUACAUGCAAAUCAUUCUAUCAUGCAGCAAGAUCUCGUAAAUGUGACUGCACGAGAAGUAAAAGAGUCGGCUGAGUGUUUUGCUUCCUUAUCCUCUAAGUGCAGUGGGGAUUCUCAGAAGAAUCUUGACGGUUCUGUCACAUUUGCAAGGUUUGCCGAGAAGCAUCGCCGACUUCUGAAUGCUUUUGUUAGGCAAAAUCCUGGCUUGUUAGAAAAAUCAGUGUCUAUGUUGCUGAAAGCUCCAAGAUUGAUCGAUUUUGAUAACAAGAGAGCAUAUUUCUGUUCAAGAAUAAGACAACAGCAAGAACAGCACCUUGCUGGCACACUGCGAAUAAGUGUGCGGCGGGCAUAUGUUUUGGAAGACUCUUACAAUCAGUUACGAAUGCGGCCAACUCAGGAUUUAAAGGGUCGUUUGAACGUGCAGUUUCAAGGUGAAGAGGGUAUUGAUGCUGGUGGUCUGACAAGAGAAUGGUAUCAGUUGCUGUCAAGGGUUAUAUUUGACAAAGGAGCAUUACUUUUUACUACUGUGGGGAGCAAUGCAACAUUCCAGCCAAAUCCCAAUUCUGUUUACCAGACUGAGCAUCUUUCUUACUUCAAAUUUGUUGGCCGUGUUGUUGCAAAGGCACUAUUUGAUGGUCAACUUUUGGAUGUUUAUUUUACUCGAUCCUUUUACAAGCACAUACUUGGUGUUAAGGUGACUUACCAUGAUAUAGAGGCAGUUGAUCCUGAUUAUUACAAGAAUCUGAAGUGGAUGCUCGAGAACGAUGUGAGUGACAUACCUGACCUGACUUUCAGCAUGGAUGCUGAUGAGGAAAAGCACAUACUUUAUGAAAAAACCGAGGUUACCGAUUAUGAGCUUAAACCUGGAGGAAGAAAUAUCAGAGUUACUGAAGAAACAAAACAUGAGUAUGUAGACCUUGUUGCUGAUCAUAUCUUGACAAAUGCUAUCCGUCCUCAAAUCCAUUCCUUCCUUGAGGGAUUUAACGAAUUGGUGCCACGGGAACUUAUUUCAAUUUUUAAUGAUAAAGAGCUUGAGUUACUAAUCAGUGGACUUCCUGAAAUUGAUUUGGAUGAUCUAAAGGCCAACACUGAGUAUUCUGGCUACACAGCUGCAUCUCCUGUUAUUCAAUGGUUUUGGGAAGUUGUUAAAGCUUUUAAUAAAGAGGACAUGGCAAGGCUGCUCCAGUUUGUCACUGGAACAUCAAAGGUGCCAUUGGAGGGUUUUAAGGCAUUGCAGGGUAUCUCUGGUCCACAAAGGUUUCAGAUUCACAAGUCAUAUGGAGCUCCUGAGCGGCUGCCUUCUGCACAUACAUGCUUUAACCAGCUAGAUCUUCCCGAGUAUUCCUCCAAGGAACAGCUUCGGCAACGUUUGCUGCUAGCUAUCCACGAAGCUAGUGAAGGAUUUGGCUUUGGUUAAACGAAGUUAGUAUUAUGAAGUUGUUGUCCCUGCAACGCCAUCUACAGAUCUACAUUGUAUAUAAGCUUAUGGAUUUCGCCGACGAAGAUGUAAUAAUGCAAG